AAUCAUUGAAAAUAUCGCCUUUUAUUUUGAAUGUUUAAACUUUAAACCAAACUCCUCAUCAGUCAUCAGCUUUCCACCAAAAGCCCAAAACAGAAUUUGGAAAAAAAAUCCCCAAAUCAUAAAAUCUAUUUAUAUAUAUAUAUUUCUUUUUCUUUCGCGCACUACAAAUCGGUUUCGAAUUUUUCUCUGUUCUCCUUCGCCGCCGUCUUCGUCCUCAAAUUACAAUUACGCCGUCGCUGUUCUCCGAUAAGUCGAUCGAGGAAGCUCCUUGAGAAACCACGUGGUUUUGACUCGGUCACAAAUGGCGGAAUCGAGUCGAAACGGCGGCGCUUCAGCAUUCUUAUCGGAAACCGGGAUUCCGACCAGUUUGAACCGGAUAAAGACGCGGCGGGUCGACGCCAGCUCGGUGGUUGAAGAUUCUGACCACUUCAAUGACUCGCCCGGCGGCGAAAUUCCAAUCGCGGGAGCUCACGUGAAGCCGAAGCUCAAGGCUCCGACGAAGGGAGAUGUGAAAUUCGGCCGCGCUAAAGAAGGAUUUCGCAAAGGGAGGAAGAUAGCACGGUGGUUUACAUCUCCUUUUAAGGAUUCUGAUCAAGAUUUACGUAAUUACCCAAGCACCAAGCCUACUGCUUUGGAGUGUAACCGCUGUGAAAAGGACACUCGAAGAAAAGUUCGCAAGAUGCGGAAGAAUUUAACUGGGGAUCCACCAAAAGUCAUACCUGCUUAUAAGGUCUCCAAAAAUAUAAAAAGUUUUUCACAUGAAUUGGGUCCGAAGGGUGGCAUUCAACCUGCCCAUCCAAGGGCGCACAGCUUUAAUGAUUUGAAGGAGCUCAUGGGAUCACUACGUUCGAGAUUUGAUGCUGCUAAAGAAGUUGUAGACAUAGAACUUCGUUGUUUUUCACAGGAGAUACUGGACGUUUUGCAGAAAGAUUAUACCCUGAGACCAGAUAUAUGUAUAAUGGCAGAGGAACUUUUACUUCUUGUCCAGCAAUGUAUUUCCAUGUCUUCCUUAGACUUCAGAAUAAAAUGUGAAACAAUUGUCCAGGACUUGACUGUAAAGAGACAGAAAUGUGAAGCAGGAUUGUUGAAAGUAUUACUCACACGCAUGCUUUUCAUUUUGACUCGAUGUACAAGAUUGCUGCAUUUUGAGAAGGAUAAUGGCCGUGUGAAUGAGCAGUCACUGGACAAAUUCAGAGAAUGUUUGAAAAGGAUUCCGUCAGUUGACAGGAAUUGGGUUGUGAAUAAGGGCUUUGCAGAUUCUGACGUAGGUUUUGUUAUAGAACAAGGUAAUGCCAAGGAACAGUUUCAAGGAAAAUACCAUACAGGUGUUCCUUUCCAGGCGAAUGAGAGCAGGUUCAAGGAGCCUGCCGAGAAGCAGGACGAAGAAAUCAGAAAGAAUCAGAUGUCUAUUGAACAAAAAAGAUCUCAAAAUGCAUUUACUGAUGUUUCAUAUCCUGAGCAAUCUGAUAGAACUGAUGACAUGCUUCAGAUGGAGUCCGCAAACAGAGAGAAAGAGAACUAUUCAGAUGAUUCAAAUUUGGUUAUUUGCCGGAUAUGUGAAGAAUUUGUUCCUGCUGUUCACUUGGAGCCACAUUCCUAUAUAUGUGCGUUUGCAGACAAAUGGGUUUCCAAUCAUCUGGAUGUGAAUGAUCGCCUCUUGAAGCUUUCGGAGUUAUUGGAGCACUUGUUGGAGUUGCGCAAUUCAGGGAAUCAUGAAACCUACAUGAACCCUCAGAAUUUGAGAACGCGGCCCAGUAACUCUACCCUGACAGCAGAAACUCACUCACCAAAGAGCAAUGAGUGGCGAAGUAAGGGAAUGGAUGGAAUGUUGGAGGAUCUACAUGAGAUGGACACUGCCUGCAUUGACGACUCUCAUCUUGCACACUUGGUGAGCUUGAAAAGCCACUUGCUGAGCAAGGUAAAUCAAUAUGGUUCACCAUCUUCAAAUGGGAGCAUGACGUCCACAUCAUCCACAAAUAGCCCUCGGGAAAAUAUCGACAUCUUUUGGUUGGAUCAAAGUAAUUUGUCGGAACAAGAAGACAUGCAGCAGGUGUGUCUUCCUUGCCCUUGGAUUCGUUAUGUGGUAGCAUAUUGUGGGAGUAUACUGGAUAGUUUAAGCGAUGAAAUGCAUGACCUUGCUGAUAUUGCUGGAUGCGUGGCAGGGACUGAUCUUUCUAAAGAAGGGUCCAGUGAGUUUUUGCUUGCCUGCAUGCACGACUUGAAAGAGGUUUUACAACAUAGCAAGUACAGUGCUCUUCUAGUAGAUACUUUUGGUGGCCGAAUAGAAAGCCUUGUGAGGGAGAAAUAUAUACUCGCUUGUAAUCAAGUGGAUACAAUUGAUGAUGCUGGACAUCCAGAAAGUGCAAGAACUUUGCUGGAUAGUGCAUCUCAGAGUAGUACAACAUCAACACCUUCACAUCCUGCACAUAAAGAGCGUACAAGCAUUGACGAUUUUGACAUUAUAAAACCCAUCAGCAGGGGAGCCUAUGGAAAAGUCUUUCUGGCUAGAAAGCGGAUUACAGGAGAUCUGUUUGCCAUUAAGGUGCUCAAAAAAUUGGAUAUGUUACGGAAGAAUGAUAUUGAUCGCAUAUUGGCCGAGCGUAAUAUAUUAAUCACAGUGCGAAACCCUUUUGUGGUUCGGUUUUUUUACUCAUUUACCAGCAGAGAUAACCUUUAUUUGGUCAUGGAAUAUCUCAAUGGUGGAGAUUUAUACUCUUUGCUAAAAAUGAUUGGUUGCCUUGAAGAAGAUGUUGCUCGUACCUACAUUGCUGAACUGCUUACUGACUUUGGAUUGUCGAAAAUUGGCCUGAUGAAUUGCACUAAUGAGCUAUCCUCGCGAGAGACGAAUAAAAACGACAAUUUUGAUAUAAAUGGUCAACACAGCGCAGACAAAUUGGACGGUGAUGAGUCAGCUGUUGGUACCCCUGACUACUUGGCACCUGAAAUUCUUCUUGGAACAGAACAUGGUUUUGCUGCAGAUUGGUGGUCAGUAGGAAUCAUCUUGUUUGAAUUUAUAAGUGGAAUCCCUCCUUUCAAUGCUGAUCAUCCAGAGAAUAUCUUCGACAACAUUCUAAACAGAAAAAUUCCCUGGCCAUCAGUUCCUGAUGAGAUGUCUUGUGAGGCUCAAGAUUUGAUUGACAGGCUUCUUGUUCACAACCCAGAUGAGCGGCUAGGAGCAAAAGGAGCAUCCGAGGUAAAAGCACAUUCCUUUUUCUCAGGAGUGGACUGGGAUAAUCUUACCUUACAGAAGGCUGCAUUUGUACCACAGCCAGAGCGUAUGGAUGAUACUAGUUACUUUGUAUCUCGAUAUAAUUCCAAUGGAACUGAAGUUGAUCAAAGUUCUAUGGAUUCAGAUUCUGACAGCGUAGAAUUGCAAACACAUACUGGAGGAGAGAAGAUGGACGAAUGCGGUGAUCUUGCCCAAUUCGAUUCCUCACCGCUUGAUCUCUCUUUGAUGAAUUUCUCUUUCAAGAAUUUGUCUCAGCUGGCGUCAAUUAAUCAGGAUGUGCUGUUGCAGAGUGUGAAGGAAACACUAAAGUGCUCUUCCCCAUGCAAAGGCCCGAACCCGACCCGGCCUUGAAACUACCCUUUACCAUUACAGAAGCAGCUGAAAAUUGUACACAUACAUAUACAAAUUACUUAGGCUACAAGCAAACAAGUAGAGAGAGAGAUACAAAAAUUGGUACGAGUUUUAGGUGGCAUUUUUACUGCUUCAGGAAAACAGACUUAUUUUAUUAAAAUAAUAUAUUUUUCAUCAUAUCAUCUCGUGAUAUAUUAUUCGGCCUAGCUGGAUAUGAAGCAGAGUACACAUAUUUGAUAUUUCCAAGCAAUCUACAUUCCAUUACCUCCCCAUUAACAGCCUACUUUGAUGUCUGUUGGCUUUUGUGGUGCCUCCUUUGCUGGAAUUUAAAUACUGUAACGACAAUUGUACCG